AGCAAACGUAAUAAAUAAUGGGAAAAUAUCAAAAUUUAACGCUCUAAUUUUUUGAUAGCAUCAGUAGUUGUUAAAAUUUCAGUUGAGGAUUAACUUCGCUAGCGUCACUGCGUUUUGCGCUGACAUGCUGGUUCAAGUUUACAAUGUGGGCGUGACGUCACAGAGAGGAUUCGGCCAGGCAAAAAAUCGUCCGCUCGUUUGAUACGCUACAAAUCAAACCUGAGCUGAACCCGACUAUUUUUUCACAGAGAAAUAGAAAGGAUGGCGUCGAUUGUGUUGAAAAGUUUAUCUAUUCUUCUCGGACUCUUUUUCAUCUUCGUGGGCAUCAUGAAGAUCACACCCAAACUAAGCAAAGACCUGCACAAAGACUUGAGAAAGGAAUAUGUGAGAUAUUCUAAAGUGUUCCCGCUGGCUCAAACACUUGACUUCAAAGUGCCCUCGAAGUGGUACAGACGUGUUGUUGGCAGCCUGGAGGUGGUUUGCGGUUUGGCCCUCACUUUCAUACCAUUUGCGCGUGUAAAACAAGGAGCGAACAUUAUUCUUGUCGUUCUCAUGCUGAUGGCCGUUUACUCACACUACAUGGUCAACGACAAAUUUGAGAGAAUAGCACCUGCACUUGUAUUUUUCUUCAUGUUAGUAUGUCGACUUGUUGUGGACUGGCAGCUGAGACGCAAAGAGUUGCUGAAGUUGGAGGCCACCGCCACCGCAAACGGCGAAGAUAAGCAAAACAAGCAGGACUGAGCGGCUGUAUUAAAUUUUAUAAAAAUUUUCGUCUGGUUAAUGUGCACUCUUUUUUAAACUUAUCGAUUCACUUUUACUAUUGAUUAAAAUUCAUUUGUGAUACAUGUUGUUAAUCGGCUGCGAAAGAAUUACUGGAGGUUGCAAUUAACUAUUGAGAAAAUUUUGCGUUUUCUAGUCAAUCUGAAACCGAGACCCCUGAUUCCAUUCCCAUCAAACUGUUAGCCUAUUUUCACUGAUUUUAUCACUCAAUGACACUCUUCUUGUUCUAAUCAUCCUGUCAUAUAAAAAAGGGGGAAAAUGACUUUGUUUAUCAGUAACAUUAAAAAAAAUUGAAAUAAUGUGAAGAUGAGAUCUUCUCCCAUAAAGUAUGAGUAGUAUGACAAAAUUCUUAUUUCUGCAUGUAUGUUGAUAUUGUGAUCGAAUUGAAGGCUCAAGCGCAGGAGUUUUUAUAUACAAUUUGAUUAUUUUACAGUUGAAUACAGGGGCUGUUAUAAGUGUAAUUCACUAAACUCAGUUUAUAUUCACUAUACCUUAAUAUUUAUUUAACACUGUGUUCUUGAACAUUUGAACCUAUUAUAGCAUACAAAUCACUCUGCACCUUAUUGAAUUUUGAUAAAAAUAGAUGAAAGUAGAGGAAUUUGAUUUUUUGAUUCUAAAGUAGAUUUUUGUAAAUAACUUAUGCUAGUCAUCAAAUUCAUUGUGAACAUAAAGGUUUAAUUUUAUUAGAGAUAUCAUGAAAAGUGUAAACACUGUUGAAUGAACUGAGAGAAUUUUGUGAUCCGUGGUUAGUCACUUACAAAAAAGCACGCAGAUUUGGUCACACUUGCACUUGAUGUACCUGCAUUAAUUUGUACUACUUGUACAACGAUGCACCAAUUAAUGAUUUUUCUGUGCCAAUUCAAGGAAAAUUUCCAGAUUUACUAGUAAUGGUAAGCGUGACUUUUGCUGAUUGUGCAAUAAAAGUGUAACAAUUUGAAUGUCGCGUGGCACAGGUGGAUUUCAAGUGUAAAAUAAAUUGAAUUUGACAUUUUGAUCUCCCUUGUUUGUAGACGUUGUAAGUGAAACAACAGUUUUGAUACACUUAGUCCAAUAAAACAAGCCUUGAUACCCAAA